UAUGCCCAGGUGAAAUAUGGUGAACCAGUAGAAUUAACAUGUACUGCUACUGGUAGUCCUACACCAACAAUAGAAUGGUUCCGUGGUAAUGAUCAACCUGUACAGAGUAGUGUAUCUGUGGUAAAUGGAGUAUUUCGAAUUGAGUCAGCUACUAAGAGUGAUGAAUCUGAGUAUUAUUGUAAAGCUACUAAUUCAGCUGGUAUGGCUCAAGUACGAACUAUUGUAUAUGUUACUGGUCCACCCAAGAUUACUAUUAAACCUGGUCGUCGAGUGUCAGUUAUUGUUGGUGAAACUGUUACGUUAGAAUGUACUGGAGAGGGAGCACCUACACCUAAUGUGUUCUGGCGUAGUGAAACACCAAGACGAAGUGAUAUUCUACCUGAAGCUUAUGAACCACAAGACGGCUCCGCCCUUCUUAUCUUUGAUGAUGUUCAGAAACAAGAUGCUGGGCGAUAUAUUUGUAUUGCUACCAAUGAACGAGGCAAAACAGAAGACACUGUUGAUUUGACUGGUAAGAUUUAUAUAUUUUUCUGUUACUUGUAA